UAUCUGAAGACCAGAAGCCACAGUCAAUAUUUUGACAAUGUGUGUGCGCGCGACACGCUCCGAUAUUCUGCGCGCUGAUCCUCACAUUCGAGCGCAUCACAUAAAAUUCUACACUGAAACGGGACAAGAGUUCGCUGUUGUGCGACAUGGAGAGCUCACUAAACCGAUCUUUAGCCUAAACGGAGACGCUCCGUCUGUAUAUAUGUGAUCCACAGGAUUUAUUUCUCAACUCGCUGGGCCUUAUCGAUAGACUGACUCAGUGACAAAUUCAAAUUGAAGCGCCAUUUGAUUCCGGCGGCGAGCCCAUCGCUUAUGGUGGCGGGCGUAUCCAUGCUUCGGUGUUUGCACUCCGCUAAUCUGCUUACCAGCCAGCUAGCGCUGCGUUAUGGACCGGGCCACACGAAACCAACCACAACACACGAAGCGGUGAAGCCAAUCAGUAAUUAGAUGAAAGGCCGAAAGCAACAAGGAUAACCGCUGAUAUAACAGCAACAUUGAGCGGGUUAAUUUUUACUAAUAUAAACAGCAGUCGGCCGCCCGUCCGCCUUCUCCCAUCUCGGGGUCUCUGCUCUGAUGUAAUAAAAACACAACGGACGUUACUGAGCCCAUAGAAGCAACAAUAGUAUUGGUGAAACGUGGAUUUUUGUGUUUCGUUGUCGACUGUCGUUCCGUGCUGUACCAUUUUCAGCCGGCUAAAUUGUAUGUACACUUUUUGCUUCUCGAUAGUGCUAGUGAUUGGCGUGAUCGCGAUGGGCUGCGAAGAAGAGGUGCUCAAGAUAAGCAAAGGCCUUGAUAAAAUGGUGACUGCCGGUCCUUCGAAGCACCUGGCGCCGUUUCACGAUUUCCUGUUACGGAGCAUUGAGGGCUGUCCGUGCGCCGAUUACGUGAGGGAGGAGUAUUUGGCGCCGGAUAGAAUUGGACUCCGUCGGCUGGCGAAAAAGUUUGCCGGAGAUGAGGAACAAGUUCAAGCGCUGGAUAUGCUCCGGCAGUUGCAGUCGCUCCCCAUUACUCUCGAAAUUCUCACGAAAACACGGAUCGGUAUGGCUGUCAACGCGCUUCGAAAAAGUAGCAAUGACGACGAUGUUAUAUCGCUUGCAAAGACUCUUAUAAAAAACUGGAAAAAGCUACUCGGAAGUACACCAUCAAGGAAUGACGAACCUUCCAGCGGUACCGGCAAUAAUCGAGGCAGUGGGGAUGCAUCGUCUAAGAACAAAAACAAAAACCAGUCACAAGAUGGGCAACAAAAUAAUCAGACUAAGGCACCUCCGAGCGCUCAGAAUCCACCCCGGCAAACGAGUUUUCCUGCUGCUGCUAAUACAACAGACGCAGUUCGUCUCAAAUGUCGAGAACUGCUUUCUGCUGCGCUAAAGGGCUCUGGCCUGCCAGAAGGUUGCGACGAAGUCGAUCCUGAUGACCUGGCUCGUCACAUUGAAAGCUCCUGCUACGAUGAGUUUAAUAACACUGACAUGAAGUAUAAAAAUCGUAUUCGCAGUCGUGUUGCCAAUCUCAAGGAUCCGAAAAACCCUAAUUUAAGGUUGGCUGUUUUGAUCGGGCAGAUUAGUCCCGACCGCCUCGCUAAGAUGUCAGCCGAAGAGAUGGCAUCGGACGAGUUAAAACAGUUACGACAGAAGUUAACCAAAGAGGCCAUUGAUGACCAUCAGAUGGCUGUCACCGGUGGAACGAAGACAGAUUUGCUGAAGUGUGGCAAAUGCAGAAAGUCGAACUGUACAUACAACCAAGUGCAGACACGAAGCGCUGAUGAACCAAUGACCACGUUCGUGUUCUGUAACGAGUGUGGGCAUAGGUGGAAGUUCUGUUGAACGCAGAAGGCACCGUACGACAUAGAAAAAAAUUAAUACAUGGGACACUUCGCGGCGUUAACGAAGGGAUGAGUCCGCUGAACGGUCGUAUCGUACGGUACUGUAUUUGUCUCAUUCACCAGGCAGUAGUUGCUGGAAAGCUAUGGCGGAAGAUUAUAGUAGGAUGAUAUUUUGGUGCGUUUCAGAUCAUACGAUGAAGAUGUGUUGAUUAGUGUUGGCAUGCCAAUACCAGAGCAGCGUGAAAGGGAAAUGUCAUCCUUGAUAUUUUGAAACAUUUACGAGUAGUUGGGCGUUGAUAAGAAGUGGUUUAAAUAGCGUAAAAACUAGGAAUAACCGAGGUAUUUAAUAGCAUGCAGCAAAGAACGUCUACCACGGUAAAAGUUUGCUUUGGCAACAAUUGCUUGGACGGAAAUUGUUGGAAUUAACGCAAGGUAGUACCAGUAGUAGUAGUAGUGACCAUGGCUUACUAUUAUCGCAUUUACAUUCGUUAGCUUUACCACUAUUAACCUUAUGUUCUCUUGGUGUAACAGAAACUUGCCACAGUAGCCUACCAUUAAGAAGUUUCAAUAAGAAAUUGAGCUAUAUUUAGAAAUGUGUUUAUGGCUACAGAGUGUAAUGCUGUAUGUUAACACCAUAAUAGAUCGAAUACUGGUAAAUUAUGGCGCUUACAACAAUUAAUGCAAUAUAGAAAUUUCGACAGAAAGAGCUGUACAGGACGUGAUCGUUUUUCUUUCUAAAAAACGUUCCGUUAUUCGAGCACAGCCAUCGAUGAUGUGCCUUCGUUGUCUGAAAUGAAA